AUGCCCGGUAAACACAAGCACAAGGCCAAGUCUAGCGAGCACCGCUCGUCGUCGCCGUCGCCGUCUGGCCAGCUGCGGCGAGGGGACGAGGAUGGCGGGCACCAUGAUGGUGCUUUGCAGGACCUGGCCGCUCAACACGAGAAGCUACAGCAGCUGGGCGAGGCCAGGAGCGGCGCCUGUUUCAAGGUGUUGCCGCCCGCGGAACGGCUGGCGUACAACAAGGAGCUGCGAAAACGAGAAGACAAGCUGCGGAUACAAGGAGACAAGCUGGCGAGACAGCGUGCCCAGCUCGAGGACCAGCGGGCGCGUCAGCGGGUGUUGGCUCAGGGGCCGUUUGCCCCCGGCGAGGUCUACGAAUACAUUCACGUUUCGCCCUGGACCCGCGUCGCGGAGAGUGGCAAGUUGGCAGAGGCUCAAGUGUCCGAGUGGGCGGAGCGGUUGUUGCCCGAGGAAGAGAAUAAAGAACCGGAGAAGCAGGCUGGCAAGUCUGGUGAGAGGAAAGUGUCGGGCGAGAAGAAGGGGAAGCGGAAGGAGAAGCAUCAUGCCAGCAGGCCUUAG